AUGUAUCUUUCAAUAUUGCUGUUCGCUAUCUUACCAAUUGAAGUUGUAAAUGCCGUUCACGUUUUCGGAAUUAACGUUGUCAAAGAAGAAGAGCGCUCGCUUCAAGAGCUGCAGGAUGGGGAUCUGUUAACAGCCUACUUGGUUGCAGAUAAAACUAGCGUCAAGGUCUACGCAUCUGAAUACGAUACGUGCAACUAUGACAGGAGAAACGUGCACCUUUCCGCGCGCCACCGUCAUCGCGAUAAUGUCAGCAACAUCUUGUUGCUCUACGGCCAGUUGAAAGUUUGGGAGCCUCCGGAAGGGCCGGUGCAGCUAUGCGCGGACACGCGGGACAGCAUCCCCGGCGAGAACUGGGUGACCGUGAAUUAUAACUCGUGGACCAUUUUGAUCUGGAUAGCCGUCGCCUUGGGCUCGUCGAUGCUGAGCGCCCUCUGCACGGGGCUGAACAUCGGCUUGAUGUCGCUGUCCAUCGACGUCCUGGAGGCGAUGAAGAACCACGGGCGCGGCCGAAUCGUCCUCUACACGGAGAGCAUCAUCCCGCUGCGCCGAAACGGCAAUCUCCUCAUGUGUUCCAUUAUCAUUGUGAACAUGCUGAACGCGCUGGCCUUUAACCACGUCUUCGAGAGUCUGGAUCUGCCGGACGUCCAGAGAAUCAUCUACACCGUGCUCUGCCCAACCGCGACGACGCUGAUCAUCGGCGAGAUUCUGCCACAAGUCAUUUGCGCAAAGCAUGCCCUAUUCGUCGGUUAUUACACUCGCCAUGUGACACAUGCCCUGCUCCUCGUCACCUAUCCCCUCGCCGGCCCGUGCGCCUUCAUUUUGACGAUCAUCGCCGGCGCCGAGCCCAAGGAGGCCUACGAUCGCGGGAUUCUGGCUGGACUUUUGGAAGAGCAACGGAAGGGCGAAGACGAGGGCAACUGGAUUCUGACGUUGAUGAUCAACACCCUGAAGAAUAUGGAGAAGACGGCGGCGGACGUGAUGGUGUCGUGGGACAAGGUCAAGAAGCUGUCCGCACAUGAAAAGCUGGACGACGCGCUGUGGGAGAAGAUCAGCCAGAUGAAAUACUCGCGGUUUCCGGUGAUGGAUGGUGAACAAGUGAUAGCCAUGCAAUACACAAAAGAUCUGAUGGCCGUGAAAAGCAAAGAUUUUGACGGGCUCACACUCGAGUCGGUCGCCUGUCUAUGGCAUAAAAGUCGACUGUUUCGAGUCGUCCUACACGACACACCAAUCCUUCCACUGCUCGAAGAAAUGCGAAAGGGAAUGCCGGUGAUGCUUGUCAUCCAGUUCGUUCAGGGGAAGAUGACCAUCGUGGGGCUGAUGACACUGGAGGAUAUUUUAGAGGAGGUGAUGGGCGAGAUUCGAGACGAGAAAGAGAAGGAGAAGGGCGCUCUACCACGCAUCUGGCAACACCAUCUGACCGCUCCCAAGAACCUAUCCGAGACGGCCGGGACGAGGCUAAAUUACACGAUUUUCAAGCGCUCCUCGCCGAUCUUGCGCGGACACGUGGAGAAUAUUGCCAUAUCUUCGCGUGAUACGAAAGCUUCAAUCCGAAAUGGUGACCAGGUGGUCGUAUGGUGUGCUGAUGGAUACUUGUGCCUCGGCAAUGAAGAAUUGAACGUUUCGCCGACUCCGCAGUUGCUAAAACUGACCACCGCGGAAAAUCGCUGCUUCGUGUCGGCCGACUCGUCAGUGAGGCUUGCCGAUUGCCAUGGCAAUUCGUUUCCGGGUUUCCAGUUUCGCCAACCCAAGAAACCCAACGAGGGCCGCUAUGCAAGGAUGGGCCUUUACCAGGGCAUCAACACGCUUGUAUCUCGAGGAAAAUAUGUGCUUGAUUCGGACAAGAAGCGGUUCUAUGGUAUCAAGAUGGGCACCGGUGCCGCGGUGGAAGUUCUUCCAAAGUGGCAAAUAAUGUCAGUCAUAAUGGUAAAAUUCGACUUGAAGUUCCCUCUCGGUUACCGCUUCGCCGAGGUCAUCGAUCUGACCCACAAAUUCAUGAUCGAUGGAGGCGUCAUGUAUUACGAGGGACGUUCUCGGGCACUCGAUGUCUAUCUACUUGGACAGCGACUGAAAAUCACAGAAAGGGAUGCGCUGCCUGCGCUGCCCUGUCAAGGGUUCCGAUUACAGUCCACCAUCACGGAUUUGAGA